AUGCGCGGAAGGUAUUAUCAGAAUAUUGAACAGCCGGAAACGGACAAUCAUUCAUUGAUCAAGCGGAUCCAGGAGACAAGUGUUGUGCUGAGUGAUCUAGAUGGUCUGUUGGUCAAUUCGGAGAACUUUAAUCAGGUUUUCGUGCAUCGAACAAGCAAGGCUUGGAUGCGCAGCACGAUCAGUCGAGUGGUGAAAAGUGAUUUACAUCUGCGAAAGUUUCUUCAAGUGCUCGUUAGUUUUAUAACUUCUGAACGGCAUCCCGAAUGGGCUCGACACGCUCUGGUCUGGCUCCGUUUUCUUCUCUCAAAUUAUCCAAUCCCCAAUUCCACGUGGUCUAACCUACGGCGUGUGAUGGCUCCACUCCGGAGUCAUGCCAAUGAAAUGGCUGGUUUGCAUGAUUCUUAUGUUCGUGCAGCCCUUCGAGGAACCGCCGUGGAACAGUGGUUUACACAAAAAAAGGUGGAGAAUGAGGAAACCAAUCGGGAAAGAUUAUUUUACGACACAAUUAAUGGGAUCCCCUCGACUGGUUUCGUGUUUGUAGAUGUGAUUGCCGGCUCGAUUGGGCAUGGAGGAGUAUUGAUCCAAGAAGUGUGUGAUCCGAUGAACCGGACACCGGCCCCCAAUGGAUUGCGACUUUCUCACACCGCCCCGUUGCCUUGCGGGUCGGAUGGAUAUUUACUUCUUUUGACCCGUGAACUGGAAUUCAUUGUGAAACUAGGUCAACAGACCACGAGCGAAUCAGAUGAGGAAACCAAAUUCCUACUGCUCGGACGUGAGAUCCACAAAGAUCCGGACGAGGAACUCUCAGUCGCAUCGACCACAACAGCAGCAGCAACAACAACAGCAACAGUCAAUCAUACUCCCGUCAAUAGUCCCCAAUCAAAACGUUCACCGGGCAAAGCGAACUUGACCGAUUCCAAAUCCCCAAGCCCAAAGAAACGGCGAUUCAGUGUCUCACGAACAUAA